CUGUGGGUGACGGACAGAAAACAGGUCAGCCUGUGGACAGACUGCGGCACAGCGGACGCGAACCUGGCCCAGGGCGCGCGCAGCUGCAGGCACGCCCACGCGCACGUCGAAGACGCGCGAGCUAUAAAAAAAAAAACCCGCACGGGGCUCCAGCCUCAGUGGGGAUCCUUCACACGGGCAGGUCGCCAUGAGACGGACAGGCUCCACCUAGACUGGAAAACGCUGCGCAAAGGACGCAAAAGCCUCCACCGUCCCUGUUCCCCGGACCGAGAAGUGGAUCUGACCUGUUGUGUUGCCUCUCUCAGGCAUGGACCCCGCGGGCUUUGGCGUGAAGAGAUGUUUGCCCUGAGCCACCGCAACUCCUCGGCCCCCCCGCUCCUCCCCCGGGCGGCCAAUGCCAGCGGGGGCCGGGCGGAGGACCGGCUGGUCGGCGAGGGGGACUCUCAGCAGGGUCACUCGGUGCAGCCGGCGGUCAUCCUGUCCAUGACGCUGGGCAUCGUCUCCAACAUCGUGGCCCUCUUCAUCCUGAUGAACGCGUACUCGCUCCAGCGCCGGCGCUCCAAAGCCACGUUCCUCCUGUUCGCCACCUCGCUGGUCAUCACGGACUUCGUGGGCCACGUGAUCCCCGGCGCCCUGGUCCUGCACCUCUACCUCACCAAGGGAACCACCUCGGAGAACGUGGACUCCUCCGACGGCAUGUGCCGCUUCCUGGGCGGCUGCAUGGUGUUCUUCGGCCUGUGCCCGCUCUUCAUGGGCUGCGCCAUGGCGGCGGAGCGCUGCCUGGGGGUCACCAGGCCGCUGCUGCACUCCUCCCUGGUCACCAAAAGGCGGACCAAGGCCUGCCUGGCCGCCAUCUGGCUGGCGGCCCUCGGCGUGGCCCUGCUGCCGUGCCUCCGCCUGGGCUCCUACACCUACCAGGAGCCGGGGACGUGGUGCUUCAUCAACGUGCUCAACGACACCCGGGGCGUGGACGUGGCCUUCGUGGCGCUGUUCUCUGGACUGGGCCUGACCUCGCUGGCCGUGGCGCUGGUGUGCAACACGGUCAGCGGGCUGACGCUGGUGCUGGCCCGGCUCCGGAGGCGGCCCGGCUCCCAUCACUCGGCCAGGUCCCACGACAUAGAGAUGGUGGUGCAGCUGGUCGGUGUCAUGGUCACUUCCUGCAUCUGCUGGUGCCCUCUGCUGAUCUUUGCUUUGAUGUCAGUGAUCCUCUCCUACACAGGAACCAUUGGGGACAACCUCCCCAACUACAAGAUCCUGUUGGUGUUGGGAGUCCGGUUGGCCGCUUGGAACCAGAUCCUCGACCCCUGGGUCUACAUCCUGCUGCGCCGCACCGUGCUCCACAAAAUCUACCUCGUUGCAAAGUGCCAGACAGGCAUGAGGGGGACCAUGAUAGGCCGCUGGGAGCAAAGCUCCUGUCCCAGCCUCGACAAGAAAGAAGUCAACCGAGUCUGA